AUGAACGGCUCACAGAUGGGAGCUGCAGCCAAGGCUGCCUGGCUGAGCUGCUGCAACCAGUCUGGGUUGCCACUCCGACCCCCGGAGGGGCCACGCAUGGUGCAGGCAGUAGUGUUAGGCGUCCUGUCGCUUCUGGUGCUCUGUGGGAUCCUGUUCCUGGGUGGUGGACUCCUCCUCCGCGCUCAGGGCCUGAUAGCCCUGCUGGCUCGAGAAAUGCAUUCAUCCCCUGAGGCUGAGCCUGGUGCCUGUGGAGGAGAUGAAGACUCCUAGGUGUCUGUCAGCCCCUUCUGUGCCCUGCAGUCCAGAGCUCAUUUCUCUGGGGCACAGCAGAAGGUCCAGCCCACGAGCUCUUGUUUCCUGCACAGGUGCUGGACCUCUCCCCUCAUCUGCCACCCACCCAUACCCCAUUUGUGCUGCACAUGAUUGACUGAAGACAUGGGACUAUUGACUCCUCAUCCUGGGACCCUGGCACUCAGCUGUCCCCAAGCUGCUCCUGACGCUCCUGGGGUGGGUGCAGGAGCCCCAUUCUCAGAACAAGUGAGUCUGCUGUAUGCCAUGGGCACUGGCUUUAUACCCCGACUGCGUGGACACUAGUGUGCCCUCUGCAGACAUGAGCGCAGCUCUCGUUUUGCCUGAUGCAAAGACGGCAGUAUCUGACAACCCAGCGACCCAUUGCUGCUGAGAACCUGAGAACCUGAUGCAUCUGGAGAGUGUGUCAGCCAUCCGGCAACACACCAUCACUUUCCAUGGCUUUGCUAUUAAAUAGGCCAGUAAUGCA